AUGUCAGGCUUCGUCGGGAUUCUUGUAUCGGAUCCAUGGCUUCACAACCAAUUCACCCAAGUCGAGCUCCGGAGUUUGAAAUCUCAAUUCACGAGCAUGAGGAGAGAGAGCGGGAAGCUUACGGUUUCGGACCUCGCUUCAAGGAUGGGGAAAUCGAAGAUCGUCGGAGAUCAAAACCUCACCAAAGAAGAAAGAUCUUCACUUAUCCAAACUUUUCAUCCUAACUUGAACGAUGAAGUCGAUUUCGAGUUCUACUUGAGGAUUUAUCUUCAUCUUCAAGCUCAUGUGAACGCUGUAAUCGGAAGCGGUGUGAAAAACUCGUCUGCGUUUCUCAAAGCAGCUACAACAACUUUGUUGCAUACUAUAAGCGAUUCUGAGAAAUCUUCUUAUGUUGCUCAUAUCAAUAGUUACCUCUCUGGAGAUGAGUUUCUAAGCAAGUACCUCCCUAUUAAUCCUUCCUCUAAUGAUCUCUUCGAAGUCGCCAAAGAUGGCGUCUUGCUUUGUAAACUUAUAAAUGUGGCGGUUCCUGGAACUAUCGAUGAACGAGCGAUUAAUACAAAGAGUAUGCUUAAUCCGUGGGAGAGAAAUGAGAAUCAUACGCUUUGUCUUAACUCUGCAAAGGCAAUUGGGUGUACUGUUGUUAAUAUUGGAACACAAGAUAUUAUUGAAGGAAGGCGUCAUCUUGUACUCGGUGUGAUUUCUCAAAUCAUCAAGAUACAAUUGCUAGCAGACCUAAACUUGAAGAAAACUCCCCAAUUGGUGGAGUUGGUCGAUGAUAGCAAAGAUGUGGAAGAGCUGCUGAGUUUACCACCUGAGAAGAUCUUAUUGAGGUGGAUGAAUUUUCAGUUGAAAAAAUCCGAAUACAAGAAAACCGUCACAAACUUCUCCUCUGAUGUAAAGGAUGCGGAAGCUUACACCAAUCUAUUAAAUGUACUGGCACCAGAGCACAAGAAUCCAUCAAAUUUAGUAGCCAAACAUCCGUUUGAGAGAGCGAAACAUGUUCUCGAGCAUGCAGAUAGAAUGGGAUGCAGGAGAUACUUGACCGCAAAGGAUAUUGUUGAAGGUUCCCCGAAUCUUAACCUUGCUUUUGUAGCACAUAUUUUCCAACACAGGAACGGUCUUUCAACUCAAACAAAGCAGAUAUCUUUUCUGGAAACUCUAGCCGAUGACACACAAAUCUCUAGAGAAGAAAGAUCAUUCCGGUUUUGGAUUAACAGCUUUGAUAGUUCGUUAUACAUAAACAAUGUCUUUGAAGAUUUGAGAGAUGGGUGGAUACUGUUGCAGACAGUCGAAAAGGUGUCUCCAGGGAUUGUGAAUUGGAAAAUAGCAAGCAAGCCUCCGAUAAAACUGCCAUUCAAGAAAGUAGAGAACUGUAAUCAGGUUGUGAAAUUAGGGAAGCAACUCAAGUUCUCUUUGGUUAACAUUGCUGGAAACGACAUUGUUCAAGGAAACAAGAAACUCAUUCUAGCAUACUUAUGGCAAUUGAUGAGAUACAACAUCCUGCAACUCCUUAAGAACUUGAGAUCACAUUCCAACGGUAAAGAAAUAACUGACGUCGAUAUAUUGGAUUGGGCAAAUGGUAAAGUUCGAAAGAACGGUAGCAAAACACGCAUGCACAGUUUCAGGGACAAGAGUUUGUCCGAUGGGAUAUUCUUCCUGGAGCUGUUGAGUUCUGUGCAGCCAAGAGCCGUUAACUGGAGUCUUGUUACAAACGGAGUAACUGAUGAAGAGAAAAAGAUGAAUGCGACUUACGUGAUAAGCAUAGCGAGGAAGCUAGGUUGCACCAUAUUUUUACUACCUGAAGACAUCAUUGAGGUGAAUCAGAAGAUGAUGUUGACAUUGACGGCGAGUAUAAUGUAUUGGACUCUUAAACAACCUUGUCAUCUUACUGGAUCUCCAGAUACUCACAGUGGAAGUCUACUCGACGAUUCUACUUCUGAUUCUUCUUUAGAAUAA